UUAGUAGGCGGGGUGUGUUCAGAUCAAGACCAACAGCUUUGCUUAAUCGCCAUUUCCAAACCUUCACUAGCUACAAAUAGCAGUCAGUAAGAUUUUCAGCUGUCGUUAUAAAACAGAUUUUAAGGACCAAUCGAUCAAGUCGCCGUAUUUAACUGCGACUGUGAUCUUUUUCAGGACUUUAAUAUCUGUCAGACGCAAAUCGGGGAUGCUGCGGUUGGAGUCUCGGAGCCUCAAACGAUCGUUGGAUUUAAUGUCGCAUUUAAUCGCUAAAAGCAGUUUUUCGAUAAAGGAAUGCGCGUGUAGAACAUGUCAUUUUCGACCGAGUCAUUUUUCAAGAUGGUGAAUUUCAACAUAGCUAUUUUAAAUUGAUAACAUUUGCGCGACCUACAGUAGCUCAGAGGAACCUAUCUCCUAGUUGCUAGAAACAAAAACAUCAGCUGUUUGUGUGUGAACUUUCAAAAUACCAAACAGAUUCUUGUAGCCUACUGCUACAAUAUCAGUCGUUUGUUUUCGUCUACAAGUUUCGGUUCGAAUUUCCAGGCGGAGAGAAAUAGCAAAGAUGAAGCUGUUGGAAAACUCCAGUUUUGAAGCACUGAGCUCUCAGCUGUGUGUUGAAACAGGAGACUCAAACAUCCUUGGCAGGAUUGAGAGUUACUCCUGUAAGAUGGCCGGCGAUGACAAGCACAUGUUCAAGCAGUUCUGCCUGGAAGGAGAGCCCCAUGUGCUGGAGGCCCUGUCCCCCCCACAGUCCAGCAGUGCCCCCAGCCCAAACCUGCUGGGGAAGAGCAGUGAGGAUGGGGAGAACCCUCUGAGUGACAAGUGCUGCAGGAAGACUCUGUUCUACCUCAUCACGACCCUGAACGAGUCCUUCCGGCCAGACUACGACUUCACUGCCGCCCGGGCCCAUGAGUUCAGCCGGGAGCCCAGCCUCAAUUGGGUGGUGAACACUGUGAACAGCAGCCUGUUCUCAGCUGUUGGAGAGGAGUUCAACUCCCUGGGACCUGAGCUGUGGAAUGCCAUCGACCAAGAAAUCACCCUGCAAGGAUGUGACAUUUAUAGUUACAACCCUGACCUGGACUCUGACCCCUUUGGAGAAGAAGGCAGCCUCUGGUCUUUCAACUACUUCUUCUACAACAAAAAGCUGAAGCGCAUUGUGUUCUUCACCUGCCGCUCAGUGAGUGUCCUCAGUGGUUAUGGCCGCGGUUGCCUUGACAAUGAGCUGGACAUGGAGCUAGACGAUGAGGAGGAGAUGGAUGGUUUCACAGAGGACAGGUUUCCCAGAGCUCUGUGUGUGUAAACUCUCUCAGGGACAAUGCUGAAGACCCACAACAGUCUUUCAGCAAGGCAUCUAUACAUCUUCAUUUACUGCCCCUUCUUUCUUUUAUAUGUUGGAGUGUUUUUCCAUAUUUCAGUCAUCGGAUGAAUGGACUACCACCUUCUUUGCCUGAAAAGCAUCAGCUUACAUAUGUACAUACACACACACAUAUACGGAAACCGAAUAUUGGAUGUGAGGUCCACACAUCCCAGCCCCCCACACACACACACACCUUGGAUUAGUUCAUCUUUGAAGGUAGCCCUGCAGACAUGUAGUGUCCCGUCCCGUCCCCCCCAGAAGUGCUAAGGUCUAGUUACUGGGCCUUUUGGAUCCCUGCCACAGUCUCUCUCCACCCAAAUUCAACAGACAUUUCUCCCUACACCAGGACCAGCCUCUACAUGGACUGUUUUCCAAGACAAUGAUGAAGAGGAUUUGCAUGUUAAGAUGAAGAGAAUCCAUAGACUUUUACUGAAGCUGGCUAUCUUUGUCAUGAUGUUGGGUGUCACGGCUCUUCAAGGAGAUGUCGUCGUCGUCGUCGUCAACAUACAUGCAAGCAAGUUGUUAUUGUCCGUAAUGGCUGAACAGUUCAUCACCAGCAACAAGGAGAGGGAAUGGGCUUCUCAUCCAAUCACAAACUGAACUCAUGCCAUUGUGACUAUAAGAGUCCCUGUGAUUGGCCAUGCUAUUAAGUGUGCAUUUUCAUUUGUUCAUUCAUUCUUAUUUGUGUCUGUUUGUCCUCUGUUUACUACUCAUUUCAGUCUCUCGACAGUAUUCCUAUUGACAGUCAAGCACUGAGUUGGUUUAAACAAAGUAAGUACACCCCAUAGGGGAGUGUUUGCAAAGGGCAGCCAUUGCCUCCCGAAUGUGCGGGGGUUAGAGCUACUGGACAUUGUUGAGCACAAAUAGGCGUGACCUUCAGAUUGCCAGCAGAUGAAGAUUCAACAUAUGAUUUGGAGACGCUUUCUCUUAAACCAGUGCUGGGUGUGGCUUUGGUUUGUUUGUUGUAGGCUACUACCCAUAGUGUCAGUUUUAUUGUUAAAGGCCUCUAGUCAUUUAGGAACAAUUUGUAUGGGAGGCCCUUGGAAGCAGGUACCUUUGGUGUUAAGUGCUGAUUAGCUUUUUUGAACCUUUUAACUGACACUUAAUUGUUAAUGGUCGUUGAGUUGCUCUGAUUCAUACUGUAUGUCCUCGUUUUAUUUACACUUUCAGCGAAUAUUAUUAAUAAACUUUUAUGUGUUGUAAA